AUGAAAUCAUUUAUUGGUUUGGCUUUAAUAGCGGUGUUGUGUGCGGUGGAAGUGUCUGCAGUGAUCACUAAUCCUAGAAUUACGAUUGAGGACAAACUUCACGACAAUAAAGACGAUAGAGAAACAGUCGUCUCUUGUAAUUAUGAUAAGACGGACGAUACGGGUGUUACAGUGGACGUUAUGAAAACUGACGAGGUCCCACCCAAAGCCUUAUUCCAGGUCACGGCGACAGCUUCCAAAUUAAAUGAGAUUACUGGCAAAAUAACCAAGGCUGAUUUCGUCGCCACUAAUACCGACGGCCAAAAAACUACAUUUACCCUUAAGAAGAAAGACGGCGCACCCAAUCCGCUCGGUAGCUACAAUUGCGAGGUGACCUCCAAUGGAGUUAAGGUCACAUCCCCAACUAAAAAGAUCUACGUCGAUUCCGAAAUCAUUACUUUCGAUGUGGCGGUGAAAGACGCCGGAGAGAAGAAGGACGAGUUCAAAAACGACGGUCAAUUGGACGCCUCGUGCACUUACGACGUUCCCGCCGGCGAAACACUUAAAUCGUUAGAGGUGUCGGCCGUUGAGAAACCCAUCGCCACUGGUACAUUUGACGGCACUAAAUUCACCUUCGCCUACCCCAAACCCGAGGGCUUUAGCGACGUUGUGGCCAAAGAGGAGGGCAAGAAAGUGACCGUCACUGUUACCAAAUUGACCGACAAGAGUGGCGGCGUAUUCAAGUGCAAGUACGACGUAGAGGACGACACGGCCGAGAAAAACAAAAAGACCAUUACCUCUAAGACGGUAGAGCUGAAGCACGUGAACGGCGCCGCCGCCAAUGUGGCCUCACUCGGCCUUUUAGUGCUCGCCGUCACCUCUUAUAUCAAAUUAAGCCUUUAAUUUCCACUUUUAAUUUAUUAAUUAAUUGAGUUUACAAAUUAAUAAUUUUCACACUUAUAAUAAUAUUUGUAUUAAAUAUUUUAUACGGAAUUUGUAUUUAUUAUAAAUUAAUUGUAAUUCCUUUUCCCCUCUGUUUUCGAAGCGCUUUCAUAUGUUUUGAGAUUUAAAUUAUAUUUUUGUAAAAUAAACCCCUCUUUUAAAACUGAAUAACAAAUUUGUGUCCAAACAAAUACUAACCCCCGACUGACUCCACACCUCCCACUCACUCACACACCCCCUCAACCCUUCAUUCUCUUCGUCUAAUACUUAACCCUAACU